GGGUAUUGUGUCUAUGUAGUUGUACGGCUGUAUUUGUAGCUGCCAUAUAACAACAUGAGAUGAUAGCGGGCCCGGGUGUUUGGCUCUGUGUGCUGUGUGUCUGUAUGGGUGUCACACGAAGGCAGUGGACAUGGGACACGUCCUUUCUUUCACACACUGCAAAGAUGCUCCAUCAACAGCAUCAAGCACACCAGAUUCCUGCCCUCCUGAAGGGGAAGAAGAUGAUUCGCCGGUGACAGAGGUUAACUUCUGGCCCCUGCCCUCCCCCCAUGAGCCAACAUUUUCUUACAUCACCAUUGGAAGCACUGCACCCCUAUCACGUCCUCCAGUCAGAGCUCGUAGAGGACUGGGCCAAAGUAGAGUGCAUGCAGCACCGAGGGAGGAGACAGAAGAGAAGGAGGUUAAGGAUGUUGUGACCUAUGUCCUGUUAGAAAAGACCUGUCAGUUGAAAAAACUAUCACCACCGCAUGUCCAAGAGGAAGUAGUAUUUGUGGCAAAACCCCAGCCCCAAUUAGAAGUGUUUAGGGCAGUAAAAGACCUCCUGUACUGGAGAGACAUCCUCCUUUCUGCUGGCUGCCUCACUGGAGUAACACUAUCCUUGCUGUGCCUGUCCCAGUUCAGUGUGAUAAGUGUAUUCGCUUACGGGUGUCUCAUCAUAUUGAGUGUGACGCUCACGUUGCGGUUGUACACUAAGUUGCUGCACGCACUCAAACGAGGGAAUGGUGCCAACCCCUUCCAGUAUUAUCUGGAUGCUGACCUCAAACUCACUACGAAACAAGCCGAAGAAAUCACCGCCCGUGUACUUUCACUCCUUUCUACUACCAUCUGCACCCUUAGGAGCCUCUUCCUGGUGGAGGAGCUAAAGGAUUCACUAAAGUUCUUGGUAAUUAUCUACCUCCUGACAUACGUUGGAGCGGUGUUCAAUGGAAUCACAGUACUACUUCUGUGUGUAAUUGGAGCAUUUACUUUUCCUAUACUGUACAAACAGCACCAGACACAAGUUGAUCAUUAUGUGUCCCUUGUUUCCAAGAAGGUGAAUGCUUUCCGCUCCAAAAUUCAAGGUACCGUCAAAAAGCCGCCAGCAAAGCAAAAAUAACGUGGGGUGUCUGAAAGUUUGACUAAAACUCAUAACUAGAACUUCAUCAGAACUUGUUCUGCACACUAUCCUCUCCUCACUCCAUUCUGCAGGGAUCUUAGUCCAUCACUGUUUCUCCAGUGAAACGGAAUUCAGUUCUGGGAUACUUAAUAUUUAACUAAAAUGUUAUUAAUAAAAUUUAUUCGCACAGUAUUUAACAAGUCACUUGCCAUUUUUUUCAAUAUAACAAUAAAUUUGUUUUUUAUU